CAGUAGCCAUCACCCGCCGCGACUCCGCGUGAUGGCUCCGACUACCUCUCGCCUCUUCCACCUUCAUUAGCCGCAUCACGCAUACAUUCACACCUACCUCUCCAAGGCCUAGUCUUUAGACAUUGCACCGCAUCCAUCGUUAGAGGGGCCUUCCCUGUCCCUUCCCUAUCAUGUAUCCACAUCCACGAGGCUCCCCACGGACGGCCUCGGCGGCAAACAACCCCCAGACGAAUCCAUCCAGAACCAACAACCAGCGGGAUCCUUACUCCGGACGCUCUUCCCCGUACUCAGAGACCCUCUCCUACGGUGACCGCGCCUCCGAGGAGGGUGACGGCGAGAUGAUAUCCCGCCCAGAGCGACCCCCAGACACCGAUCAAACCAACUCGCAUAGAGUGAAUCAAAUCAUUCAAAAUUUCUUUACCAAAGCAGCGCUUCUAAUCAUCUCGUCUCGUGCCUCCCUACCCCAGUGCUUCAAUCAGAAUGGGGAUCUACGGCAGAACAAAUGGUUCAACGUCGUCAUCGAUGAAGCCGAUAUCCUCACGCCAGACCUGAGGGAGUGGAAAACGUUGGAUGCUGUUCACGGACAACCUCCGCCCCUGUGCAUCGAGAUAUAUCUUGAUAUUGCGGGCCUAGACUCAAAGCAGUCGUUGGUCAUACACGACGGCGAUGGCAAGCGGUGGGACGUUGGGGAGGCGUUGAAUAGAUUGGUUGAGCCCCCCAGUCGACUAGGCGGUUCCACCCAGAUUGUGCUUGAACGUUGGAAGGUAUACAUAGGAGAUAAAACCUCCGUACACCCAUCCGAACUUCGAGAUCCCUUGCCGAACGUAUAUAAGAAGGCAGUGGUCCUCUUCCGAUCGCUAUACGCCUAUCUUCGCUUCCUCCCUGCCUGGAAGUACCACAAGAAUAUCGCAAAACAGCCCGCCAACUUUCCCUCCUUGAAGCUCAACUACCGCAUCUACAACGGCAACUUCAGGACUCCCCGACAAGACACCCUGGGCAUCCCUCUGUACCCAUCCCCGGACGAUGUGCUCGAGUACCAAGACUUUACCCCUUCCAAUUCUCCCAUUGGGCCCUUGUGUAUCUCCGUCCAAUACCGUACCAAUUGUGACUUCACCGUGGAAGACUCGGAGUCUCUGCUGAGCUCCCAUUUCAUGGGCCUGGAUGACAAUUACCUCGAACAGUCCACCCGCUCGCCCGGUCAAGGCCCUGGAUCGGUCCCAGUGAACAAACUGCACCCGCAAGAAACACCCGAUCUAGGCCAAGCAUACGGCAGCAUGUCCACGUUCCAUAAAGUGGGUGUACCCACAGGUACAAGCCCCAUGACAGCGUUGCGAGCCGUACGUGACAUGCCCUCGUCGUCGCCCAGGGAAUCGCCUCCGCAGAAACUACCCCCUAACCACCGCACCGCCCAAGGUUCAAAGUCGUCUCUGCGUUCCACCGAUGCGCAGACCCACCAACGGCGGACCUCCGUUACAUUCCAGCCUUUCAAAGCGGGCUCCUUGUCAUCGUCGCCGGCGCAACAGCCACCGUCCGCUAUUGCAGCUUCGCCAGCAAGCUCCCUCGGAAGGCCCAGCAGCUCACUCGGGAGGCCCAGUAUGCUCAAUCAGCCGCGGAAUCGGACGUCAUUGACUGCACUGCCGCAAACUGCUCUCAGGACACCGUCUUUGCCCAACGACACUAUUCUCGCUUCCUCUGCUUCUAGCUCCCCUAAACCUACCGCUCCCAUCAUCACCCGAUACAGUAGCAGUUUCGGUCAGCGGCGAAGUCGUUUCUCAUCUGGAGAUGGCCGUGUUGGCAGCAGGCUUGAUGAUGAUAACUUGAGCAGCGGCAGACAGAGUGUUGCUUCAUCUCAUCAACCAGGUUCCGACAUGCUGGGCAACGAGGGAGAAGCCGCCAGCUCAGGCUCCGUCAAAACGGAUGACGAGCACAUUUCCGAGUUCCUCAAGCUCCUCGAGCAGAAGAAGGACCUGAAGAGCUUCAACAAGAGCGACACCGUCUCUAAGGGAGCCACAGCUCGUCGAACGACAGCUCAGCUCUCGAAAUAUCAGCGUCUCAGAGACUCACAUGCAGCAUUAUCCGACUCAGUCACGUCGUCGAUGCUGCUACAUAGGUCUUCCACGUCCUCUAGUCGACAACUGUCUAGCGUGCCGCCGAUGAUUGCUGGCACCUCCGCAUCCACUUCCUCAUCACCCGGAAAACCCAUCUCGCCUCAUACGCCGCAUACUCCUGCGAUACCCUCUCGUCUCAGUGCUAAUAGCAUCAUCGAGUAUGAGCCGCGCAGGAGUCGAAGCAGGUCAGGCCGUACAGCAACCGAGCAGAACCGCGGCGGUAAUGCCGAAUCGAGAGAGACGGAAGCACAGGGGACGACGACGACUGCGAUCGACAUUCCCACCUCACCCCGUCCAUGGAACCACCCGCGACGCUCGAGCUCGGCUGCCCAGCAAAACCGCACUCUGGAGGACGAACCGGACAUCUUUGGACUGCGUGCGGCGAGUUUGCCAAUCGAUGACGUGGACAGAGAGAGGGAACGAGAUAUUUUGACAUCGAGCGGACUGUUUGCGCAGACGGAGCUCGCGAGCGCCGGGCUACCGUCGACGGAGAAUGUGGGACCCAUGGAUUCUCGCGACGACCUCAUUCCUCGCCCACUAUCGACUUCGAAUCUUCCCUCCAUGCGAGGUGGAGGAGGAGGCGGUGCUGGCGUGAGGGGCGGCACUCGCAAACUGUCCUCGCACCAUGGCAGUUCGAGCAGCCUGGCUGCAGCUGGGGGUUCGAGCUCCAAUGAGGGGCAGCGCCUGGGAGGCGUUGGAAGCCGAUGGAGUUUCCGGCAUGCGGCGGCGCAGAACCAGCAGGCGCUGGCGCAGCAGGCGGACGACGACGAGCCCUUGCUGUUCCAGAUGAGCGAGAUUCAGAGCGGGAGUCGCAGGAGCAUUGAGGAGGGGAGGGGUGGAGGAGGGAGUGGGAGUGGAAGCGGGAGUGCGGGGAGGAGAGGAGGGUUGGGGUGGAACAGGUUAGGGGAGGGAGGAGAUCGGUGAGGAGCGAGGAAGGGAAGACGAGUUUGCUGCUCUUCUUCUUGCUCUUCCUCUAUUGGAAUUCGUUGCGCUUUUAUGUAGAGGGUGUUUGGAUCACCGCGGCAUAUUUUCUGGUUUUGAGAGGGAUUGGGGAAACCAUCCCCUGAUUGUUUACAUAGAUUCACAUACAGAUUGAUGGGUUCAGUAAGUACCAUUUUGGGAAGCUAG